AUGGAAAGCGAUCGUGUUGAAAUAUCAAUUGAAAAUGAUAAGGGUCAACCUGUAAUUGAUAAAAAAGAUCAUAUAAGAGAAUCAGCAAUAUUUACAAAAAGUGCAGCAAUUAGUCAGGACGAAUCAUUUCUUGUUAUAUUUGAUUCAAUUGACGAACAUUAUGAAAAUGUCACAGUACGAAUGUAUAACGUCAAUACCGAUGGAGCGGGAAAUAAAGAUCUUUCUGAAACAUCUGAACCAUUAAAACUUAAACUUUACUUUACCGAUGAGCAUGAAGAACAAAGUUGGUUGAUGGAGUCAGCUUCUUUUUCAAGUUGGUCUAUUGCUGUAUCAAAUGAGUAUCAUGAAA